AUGAUGGCACGACGGAAAGCCGUGAAGCCUGCCAUUGAUGCAACAUCGAAACUCCUCAACAUCUUGAUACCUGCAUUAUUCACCUGCCUUCAAGAUGGUGACUUCAGCUAUGAACACUGCCGCACACUAGUACGACUUGUCAUCCAAAAGGCGACCAAUUUUGAGAUCUGGAAAGCCGUCCUCGACCUCAUCGCCACUGUCUCGCGAGCGACCCCUCCGGCAAGCAUGCCUCCCACUUCCUUAGGCACGCUGAUCAAAUCCACUUCGUCAUCACAGAAAGGCUCCGAGCAGACGCGUGAGUUGGUGAUUUUAAGGAUCUUUGAGGAGACACAUGGCUGCACAUUUCGAGGUGUCAAGGGUGGCUUUGUCAAGUACUUUGAAGGAAAAGACUGGGGUGACAAAGCAGAUACUAUCUGUCAAUGUGUGCUGGCCCCAGACAGUGACAGUAAUUGGGCUCAGUUUCUUGAUCCUCCUACACAGGAUGAUGUCCUUGCCUGGUGGUUUCAUCUUCAAGAAGACUUGCUCUCAGAAUCACACAGCACCUACUACAACACACAAGUCAACCUUCUUUUGCAAGCUAGAGGUGGGAGCCUCUCACAAAACAAACAUGACUGGAGAGACAUCCUGGUGAUUGACAAGCUCAAAAACCCUACGGAGGAGAUCAGGACAAAAGGCACCCUGCUGCAGAUGAGCUGCUAUCAGUUGAUCCACGCAUUCGCCAUCUGCGGGACCAAGAUGGAGGUGUGGGUGUUUGACUACUCAGGCCUCUACAGCUCAGGCAUCAUUGAUGUCUACACAGACUUGAGACAGUUUUUUCAAGUGCUUGUGGGCUACACCAUGAUGAGUGAUGAGGAGCUGGGACUGGACAUCUUUAUUGCUAGGGAUAAAGAUGGCAGCAAAUCAGUAAUUGUUAAAGAGCCUGGGACCUUAGAGGAAAAGAUGCUGCAGCUGAGUGAAAUGCUUUCCUUUUCAGCAUGCCAUGGUGUGUCAUAG